AUGCUUGAGGACUUUACGGAAGUAGGUUUGACGAGCAGCGAUUUGCCUCCGGCUUCGCAGACGCGUGCCGCUCGGUCUGGAAAUCGAAUCGCUGUUGAAAGCAGACAACGCCCUCCUCGCUUGUCUGCAAUUCAUUUUGUCCUUCAACCACCAUCAUCUAGCUAUGGCGGACCAGCUAAUGGCCCUGUUCUACUCGAAAACCGAGUCGCUACUCUCAACAGCAUCAAGAAACUCCAAGUGCCGCCUGUGCAACGAGUUCGUCUCAGGCCCCAUAUCGCACAUUUGCCAAAUGCACCAACUCGGUACCACUUCAGGGUCAAGCACGCAGACUCCUUCCUCUCCCCUGUAAAGUGUGGGGAAAUCGUUGCCAGAGCACUCCUAGCUACUGGCGACACCCCUGCACAGACGCAAGUCCCUAACCCUGAACCAGUUGGUGCUCAGCCAUCCAGCCCAGCACCCGAAGUGCUUCUUCUGACACCCACUCGCUGCCUCAGCUGGUCUGAGGAAAUGGACAAAACCAUGCCCCAUGUUGGCAUCCUCACUAACGACCCACACACAGUAAUGGGCCAUCAGGAAAGGCAUGAGGCAGUACAGGCUGCUGUUGCACCUAUCCCACACCCCCACUGCAAGGCUGCUAUAAGCAGCCUUCUUACAGUUUGCGAAUAUGCAAACAGCCUGGCUGAUACCAUUCUCAAUGCUGAGGAUCACUUCAUACCCCCUAUUUUGGACGAAACCUCAACAGAGGAAAUGUGCCGAAUCUUCUUUAAUUUCGGCACCCUAACAGGCAAAGUCACUAACCUUGCUGAACUCCUAGCAAACAUCUCACAACAUGACUCAAAGAAGACAGUUGCUGAUGCCCUUCACAAAGCAUGGGACAAUGGCUUUUACACUAACUGCCCUGAACAUGCAGCUGUAACGUCCUCCCAGGUACAACUUGCCAUGAUGACCAGCACUGCAUCAGGCCUGCCAACAAUUAGCCCCCCAGUUGGGCAAACACACAGAAUCCCAACUGACAGAUCUUUAGCUGAUAUCAUCACUACCAUAAAUAAGCUGGCCAAAUCUGUCAAAGCCCUCCAGAAGGGAGAGUUGAUGCCUUGUCUGCCUGUAUUACAACAACAGCAAACAGCUGUCACCACAGAGACACCACACAGCAAUCAAAGGACCUUUGCCCAGACUGCUGCUGCUAGAGCCCCUUCCAAGAAGACUGUUGUCCUUCCAACUUGGCCCUACAAGGCCCCUCUGGCAAAGACAACAAAAAAGGCCCCCCUAGCACCACAACAAACCUUCCAUGACAGGAAGAUUCUCCUUUGCACAGAGACUGUAGUAAACCCCAUUCUGGUUCCCCUAAAGAUUGUCAAAGAUCUAUGCCAGUUCUUGUGGAUGCAUUGUAAAGCCAACCUCUCUGGAGGCCAUUUCUCACUUGAUGGCAAAACACUCAGCCUGGAUUUCCCUACAACAACUACUGCAUACACACAAGAAAUCACCUGUUCUGUAUCUGAUGUAUACAAAACCACAUUCACAGUCCAACCCCUCUGUACCAAGGUGUUCAACCUCUUUAUUCUGAACGUCUGCAUCUGUGACUACAAGACACAGUAA